UUACCUGAAAUCCCAGCCUCAUUUUCUACUAAAUCUUAGGGCUACGUAAAGUUGGCAUGCGUGUCAUUCCGCUCCUUGCUAUGUAUCUCAAUUCUAUUUCAUAUGUCAAUCCAACUUAUGUUCAUUCUCACACUAUUUUAAUUCCGUUCGCUGGCAUGUUUGUUUUUCAUAUCCUUUUGGUGCCCUUUAGCCAUAAUUUAGUGUAUGGACAAGUACUACAAAGUACGACAAAGGCUUCCAAGUUUCUUACCUAAACAAAUUUUGCUUAUAACUUGUGAGAACGCUUCGUACCAUUUCUUUUAAACAGGUGUUAAAUUGGAAUAAAAAUCACAUUGAUCAAAUUUACUGGAAAAAAGGUUUUAUCACAGACUUUUUAUCCGAAAGGAGAUAGUAUCCAAACAACUAAAGAAAGUUGAAUUAUUUUACCAAACAAGACACAUUAUUACUACGUCAUACGUCUGUCAAGUAGACACUAUCUUAUUGUGAUAUUCUUUUAUCCAAUUAACUGAACUGGCUCAAAGGUAACUACCAGACUGAUCAACACAAUACACAAGUGAGUUCUAAUCUAAUUAAUUGCACGGUUUAUUGAAGACGCAACAGCUUAUAAUUAAUGCAACGUUGGAAUUAAGUUAUAAACACUUUUGAGCGAUUUAAACUGGAAAAAGAAUAUGGAGCCUAUGGAGCAAGAAAAAGAGUCUUUUUAGAAGAAAAAGAAAGAACCAGAAAGAGAAUCCAAAAUCGCCCAUAUUGAGUCUCCGCAAGGCAAAUCGAACUUCUGUAUCCUGCAUAACCACUAAGCUACGGCGCACUAUUUUAUGACUUCAUACCAAUGUAUAUAUAUACUUGACAAUUCACUGCAGUAAGGAGGUGUUACCUGUUUGAGACGCUAAAAGUGUUAUAAAACUACCGAUAAAACUGAUGCUCGAUAUCUUUCUUACUAAGAACUGUAGCAGACAAAUUACAGAACAAAAUAGAAAGACAAAGUUACAUAAUAAUCAACUGAAAUGAAUACUUUAUUACUUCUCAAAUUCCAGGUUAUCUACAACUUGAAAGCCUACAACAGCACCAUACAACUGAUGCAAGAGUAUAACGCAGGAACACUGGCAGUUGUAACAGUUCCACAAAUUCCUGAUGAUGUCUUGAAAAGAGCAAAUCAGAAGCGACGUGACGAACAAGCUGAUGGCAUCUUUCCAUCAAUGGAACCUAUCAUGUUUUCACCCAACGGUCCACGCUUUUCUGUACGAGGACGAGAGGUUAAAUAUUUAGAUUGGAAAUUCAACUUUCUUGUACAACCUUCCACGAGUCCUGCAAUAUUUGACGUCCGCUACAAGAAGAAAAGAAUAGCGUUUAAAACAAGCCUUCAGAAAGCUGCCUCUUUGUAUGCCACCGGUGGACCUUACCUUAAAUUUACCAACGUGCUCGACUCAAAUUGGUAUCUCGGACAAACCUAUACCUUAAUAAGCGUCACUGACUGUCCGCAGCAAGCAGUGUUCUUAGAUAUAGACGCCUACCUUGAUACAAAGGCAGUAUCUAUUAAAAAUGCAGCAUGUAUCUUUGAACAGGUGGGCAGUGUCCCUCUUCGACGACAUCAUCAUCAAAACAAGAAUGGGUACGCAUAUGGCGCCCUAUCAGAUGCAUCCUUGGUUGUAAGAUUUGUGACAGAUAUGACAAGCUACGAUUACAUAAAUGAUUUUGUUUUCCAUCAAAAUGGUGUCGUUGAGGUGAAAACAACAACAACUGGCCAUCUCCUUACUAGUCCAUAUUACGCACAAAAUGAAAACAAAUAUGGCUACCAAACUGUAGACAACUAUCUGGGUGGUAUUCACGAUCAUAUGAUGUUAUUUAAAGUUGAUUUGGACAUCUUAGGAAGAAAUAACACUUUUAAAACGAUGGAUAUAAAGUUGGAAACAAGACGAGAUGCAUGGGAUAUUCGUCCAGUUGUCAAAAAAUACAUAAAGCAUAAUAGGCAUACGACAGAAAGAGACGCAGCGAUACAAUUUAACUUCGACCAUCCAAAAUAUUACAUUAUCUUAAAUGAAAAGGAAAAAAACAAAUACGGAAAUGUGCGGGUUAUCGGAUAUAUGUGCAAAAUAAGGUCAAACAAGUUUAUCCGGUUGUUCAUGAAGGUACAAAGCACACUGGAUGGUCAAAAUACCAAGUGUCAAUCUCGAAGUUUAAAGAAACAGAAAGAUAUGGAAGCUGCAUGUUUAAUUACUAUCCGCAAUACCUUGAUCCAACAUGUUCCUUUGAUGCACGUAUCGAUGACGAUGAAAGUAUUGAGAAUGAAGACUUAGUUGCAUGGAUUCCCAUUGGUGGUCUUCACAUUCCUUGCACAGAAGUUUACCCAAGUACCCCUACUACCGGGAACCAGUUUGCGUUUUUCAUCAAACCCUUUAACUAUUUUGAUGAAGAUCCGAGUUUUACUUCGUUGAAUUCUGUUUAUAUUGAAGAAAAUGGUAAAUCAAGAACGAUUAAUGCAUAUGGUACACCAGAUCAAGCAACAUGUCCAAUACCCUCGCGAGAAUUCAGAUAAUUUUGUAUUGACUGUUAAUCUACAUUUUUAGAAUUUUCGUUGUCGUUGAAGAUACUCAUACAAGUGUGACGUAAACGCGAAAAUACUAGUGGUGUUCAUGCUAAGUAUUCUUUAGUUUGAGGCUAUUUGUGUUUUUUGAUACAGUUUAUAGAAACCCAUGAAACUCUCUAAAAAAUUUAGUUAGUUCUCAAAGGAUUUUUUUUUGUCAAUGAGCGACACAAAAAAAUAUGAAAAAAGAAUACCAAUAUUUGGUGACUCCUAAUUUUCUUUGUAUGCCUGGGAAUGUUUUUACGAUUUGUUUAAAUUGACAAUUUAUUCUGCUAGGUGAUAAAAACAGAUACUGAAGAAAAUAAUGAUCGGCGACUAUUUUAAUCGCCAAAUUUGAUCCCUAAAAGUUUUUUGUUAAAUUUGAAAUUUUUGCAUUUUUGCAUGUAGUACUGUUAGCUCCCUGUAACUCAAACACCGGAUCACUCGAACUUUUAUUAUCUCAAAGUAUUUUCUUGGGUCGCUUGAACUUUCGUUAAUACUUUCUCAAACCUCGGAAAACUCGAAUAUUCGUUAACUGGAUCCAUUUUUCGUCCCCUUUUUGCCUCGAGAAAAGGAAAUGAAAGACUAGAUAAAUGUCAGAUUUAAUAUUUAUUAACUUUUAAUGUAAUAUAGAUAGUUAAUACUGUAUGUUGUAGGAAAAUUUAAUUUACACGGGACUUGAAUACCUUUUUCAUCGAUAAGAUUGCACCUCUACCCAGUAAUUGUUACCCCAACUCUUGAAAAAAUCUUUUAACUCGAACUAUAAUCUCAUUUAGACUAAACUCGACUUAACUCGAACAUUUGUGAAGUCAAACUAUUUUUCUCGGGUUCGAGUUACGGGAAGUUAACUGUAUGUAAAAAGAAGUGAAUGAUAGAAUCGGGGGUAAAAGGCCUGGCCGCAUGGUUUUAAAAAUACAAUAAUAACAAGUACACAUAGAAAUACAACGUAAAUCUUAUAUAAAGUUCCCAAAAUGUUACAUAUUAUUCAUGAGAAAACGCAAUUUAUCUACUAAAUGUUUCAGUCUAAUCCAAAUACUGGGAAACUAUAUGUGCGGGUCACCAAUGAGGGGGGACCUACAAAAAAAACCAUAGUGCAUUGCUAAAACUCACAUGUCAACAUCAGAAGCUCUGGAAACAUAGCAAUCGCUCAAUUAGACCGAUUAAAACAUUAGCUAAUUCUAUUCCCAUGCUAAACGUCAGAAAAACUUGAUUAACAAUUACAAAAAUCUUUUAAAUAACGGUAGUAUU